GGUGCCCAUCUGGAAUUGCAUAAACAAACCUCGCUACUGGAAUAAAAUCACAAAUAUGUCGUUUAAUAUCAUGCAAAAGCUGACCAUGCAGUGCCUGAAGGCAGACCAGCCGCUGAUGACCACCGUGCGCAAUGCCAGCAAGAAAACCGGCGGAAGUACGAGGAAUAAGAAGGGCCAUGCGAGGCCCAAACAUCGCGGAUGGCGCGUCCAGGAUGGGCACCACGUCUCCGAGGGCACAAUACUGGCCACCCAGCUCACAACGCGCUUUCAUCCGGGCCUGAAUGUGGGCUUUGGCCGCAAUGGAACCCUUUUCGCCAUGGAGCACGGCAAGGUUUAUGUGACCUGCGAGGCCAUCGAUCCCAACUGGGACCACACCUGGAUUCAGCGGAACUACGCCGGUCGCCAGGGCCAGAACAUCUACAAGAAGUUCUUCAAUGUUGUGCCCGAAAAUCAGCAUCAGCGAUUUCGUCUAGUGGAGGAAAUCUAGAUUGUUAAAUACAAAAUUUAAACCAAAUGGAAAUGUGAAUAUUUGAAUUUUUGGCAAUUAACAUCGAUGUGCUUAACAGCACCUGUUAUAUUUACAUGCCAGCACGACCGUUAUACAGCACUGUAUUUAGCAAUGCUCUGAACCAACUAUCGAAUACACGCCCCGAAUUUGAAAAGAAAUCCAGUUAAUAGCCAGAUAUCAAUGCAACAUUUUCGAUUAUUAAUUUCGCAAAACUUUUUACAUUGCGAACUUCAAAAACAAAAACUACACUUCCCCCUUUUUUAGCCAAGCCGAACGCUAUUGAACUGUAAAAUGAACUUUAAUAAUAAGCCAUAAUCAUCUAUAAGAAAUUAUAAAAUUAUGCACAUGACGGUAUAGGCACUGCCUACAGAAUUUCGCUUAAAUCAAG